GGUGUAAUACAUUUUAGUAGGAUGGCAGAUAAUUUGUAUUUAUAAAGUGUAAAUUUUAGUAAAUAUUAAUAUUUGUAUUAACUACUUAAGCAUUUAUAAAGCGCAUAUUACUUAUGUUGUUAUUGAGAGUUGUUGCUUUACAUUUAGUUUUGAUGGUGUGAUAAAGCCGGGUUUCUAGCAUAUUGGUUAUUAGACAUGGUGAAGAGGCAAAGAAUGGAGGGUUUGAUUUUUGUUCCCUUUCAGAAUCUGGAAUCUGAGUGCAUGCUGAUCUCCCAUUGACUUCUGUUCUAUUACUGUACCCCAUCAGAGAGAUGUGAGGAGUUGGUUGAAAUUCAAAUCGGGAACAUAUCCAAAGACCACAACAUCUUUUGACACCAACAACUGUCUAUGCUUCCUUAGAAGGAGCCACCUGACAACUGGGUGGUUCAACAAAGUGGCCCCAGGAAAGUAUCUCCAGAGGCAGUUGGAUUUUUGUCAGCUGUUGGGGUGUUUAUUAUCUUGAUGCUGCUCCUUUUUCUCUAUAUUAAUAAGAAGUUCUGUUUUGAAAAUGUUGGCGGGUUUCCAGAUCUUGGUUCAGAAUACAGUACAAGGAAGAAUUCACGAGAUAAAAUUUAUAAUUCCUACAUAGACAAAGAUGAGCAUGGUUCGUCCUCUGAAAGUGAAGAUGAAGCACUUGGUAAAUAUCAUGAGGCCUUAUCCAGAACACACAAUUCCAGACUACCAAUGGCAAAUUCUAGACAAAAGAACUAUGCUUGGGAAACAAGGCAGAAAUACAGUCCUCUAUCUGCAGAGUAUGAUGGAUACAGUAGUGAAGCAUCAAUAGAUGAAGGAAACUGCAUUCAGAGAAUGAGAAGAACACCCCCGCUGGAUGAAUUGCAGCCACCACCAUAUCAGGAUGACAGUGGUUCUCCCCAUCUGUCAUGUACACCCUCAGAAAUUGGGGACAGUAAAUGUGAAUUUUCCCACUGCAGCAACAGUCCAAGAUGCUCAUAUAACAAGUGCCCAAGUGAAGGAAGCACAGGUCAUGAAAUAGAAAGUUAUCAUAAUAAAGGAUAUGAAGAAGAUGUUCCAAGUGACAGCACUGCAGUCCUGAGCCCUGAAGAUAUGUCAGCUCAGGGAUCAUCUUCACAGCUUCCUAAACCUUUUGAUCCUGAGCCAGAAGCUAAAUAUGGCACACUGGAUGUGACUUUUGACUAUGACUCACAAGAACAGAAGCUUCUGGUAACAGUGACAGCUGUCACAGACAUCCCAACAUAUAACAGGACAGGUGGCAACUCAUGGCAAGUACACCUUGUUCUUCUACCUAUAAAGAAACAGAGAGCAAAAACCAGCAUCCAGAGAGGACCAUGCCCUGUCUUCACAGAAACAUUUAAAUUUAAUCAUGUUGAAUCUGAGAUGAUUGGAAAUUAUGCAGUUCGGUUUAGACUGUAUGGUGUACAUCGCAUGAAAAAAGAAAAGAUUGUGGGGGAAAAGAUUUUUUAUUUAACAAAAUUGAAUCUUCAAGGGAAAAUGUCAUUGCCUGUGAUAUUGGAACCUUCUUACAAUCAUUCUGGCUGUGACUCCCAAAUGAGCGUGUCAGAAAUGUCGUGUAGUGAAAGUACAUCCUCAUGUCAGUCUCUUGAACACGGCUCAGUUCCAGAAAUUCUCAUUGGCCUGCUUUAUAAUGCCACAACUGGAAGACUAUCAGCAGAAGUGAUAAAAGGUAGCCACUUCAAAAAUUUGGCAGCAAACAGACCACCCAAUGGACUGUUCUGUUGUCUAAAACACUUGAUAGGUGGACAGGUUUAUAUAAUCCGAGAUACAUAUGUUAAGUUAACUCUACUGAAUUCCAUGGGUCAAGAGAUGUCCAAAUGCAAGACAUCCAUCCGCAGAGGGCAGCCAAAUCCAGUAUACAAGGAAACUUUUGUUUUUCAAGUGGCCCUGUUUCAGCUUUCUGAUGUGACACUCAUACUGUCUGUGUAUAACAAACGCAGCAUGAAAAGAAAAGAAAUGAUAGGCUGGAUUUCUUUAGGUCUAAACAGCUCUGGAGAAGAAGAACUCAAUCACUGGACUGAAAUGAAAGAGUCAAAGGGACAGCAAGUAUGUAGAUGGCAUGCGUUGCUAGAGUCGUGAUGAAUAGAAUUAAGCAAGCAGUCACCCUCCAAGGCAGCAUAUUUCCAAUUACAACAUUACUGUUUCUACCAAGUCACCAUUAGAAGAGCUGUUCUUUGAAGAAUCAUAUUCAACCUUCUACCAAAAUGCUUUAAGUUCGAUGGAAAGAAUAUCUAAUACUGACAUAAAUGAUAUCUGGUAGAGCUUGUUUGGGAAACUGAGAAACAUAAAUUAUCAUUGCUAAACUAAGAGUCCUCCAGAAAUUUAACAAGAUGUUUUUGAUUUGAAGUUAAUGUUAAUUUUGCAAGAGCCAGUGAUUUUAUGAAAAAUCAAAAUUAUAAGUGAUUUUAAAAACCAGAAUUUUACUUACAAUAUGAUUUUAAUGUCAUCCUACGUAUUAUUUAUAAAACAUAGUUUGGCCAGUCCCUGGUGAUUGUAAUGUUCUUUAAUAUGAAAAAGUAGUUCUCCAACUCUAUCAUACGUCAUAUGUAAUGGCGAAGGGUUUCAGUCACAUUGAAAAUUGCUUUAUUUCAGACAUGUUCCCUUUGUGCACUUAGUUUCAUUGUGCCUCAGUUCCUCUCAGCACUAAAUCUAAGUGCAAACAAGUAUUCAUUUUCAUACAGGAAUUUUAAUACAUUAUUUUUUUAAAAGUUCAUUUUUCAUUUGCCUCUGCUUUUGCCUGAUCCAAAGAGACCAAGUCACUGUACUGGUCCCUUGCAAGUCUUUUAGACAGGUUGUACUGUAGAACUACGUAACUUUCUGUUGAAAGCACUUCCUGUAUUCUUGUAUUCCAAUGUAGGAAGCUAAUAUAGCAGGACUUUACUUUAAAAUAUCUUUCAGUGAUUGACUCUUCAAAAUUGCAGUAAAUGUGAAAAUACUGUUUUUACAAACUGAAAAUACAAUAGGUAAGCUGUUGAAAAUGGAAAACAAUUCAAUUUUAAUUUUCUGCUCUGAGUAUUUAGUAACCAACGCUGCGUAAAGCAGGUAGCAUCCAAAAUAAGAAACUGUUCUUUCUCUAAAUCUUCACUCUUACUUCAACUUGUAUUUGUGAUGUAAAGACUAUCCAGUUCUCAGUUUGAAUCGGAACAUCAUGUUAAAACAGUUCUGAGAUUCCUUAUGAAGUUUCUAAUAACUUGUGACUAGACAUUAUGAAAUUUACAGAUAAAGUUCUUCAACGUGAUGUCAUCUUGUGCCUUUCAUGUAAGUUAAAUUUGCUUAUACAGCUUGAAAGUUGUAUUUGCAAAAUUAAGCCUUCGAUUUUUAUAAAUGUAAAGAUUCCUCAGAACAGUGUUGCAAGAUCUUUAUUUCCUCUGAAGUAUGUAAAACUUGUAUAACGUGCUAAUUUUUUUAAUGGCAAGGCACUUUCAUUUGUUUUUAUAUUUAGGAACUCUAAUCAGGAAUAUUAUAAGCUGUUUUCUUUUUAAUUUUGCUUCUUACCUAUCAUUUUAUGCAUAUACUUUAUUAGAGUACAUUUUAUAUAUAUUAAAAAUAGUUUCUUUUUUCUCCUUCUCAUUUCUAGUUAAUAUAGACAAAAACAUACUAUUUACCAGUUACUAAAAAGCAGUAUAUCAUUGCUCCUAGUCCCAACUAAGUACUAUAUAUUAUUGUAAACUAGAAGUUGUUAUUACCAUAAUAACAAAACAAUGCAUAGAUAUUACUCAGCUUGGCUGUACUGAAAGGCCUUAAAAGAAAUCCAAAAAGACCAUGAACUUCUAUAUUUUUUAGUUUAAAAAAUGGCAGCUCUAUGCAUUCAUACACAUGAAUUAUAAGAAAAAAUACAAAUGCUACACUGGAUGACAUGAGGUUUAAGAAUGUAUGUUACAGGGCUUCAUUAAAGGGAAAAAUCCAUCUUUUGUUGUUAUAUCAACGAGCUUUUACCAGGAUUUUUUAAAUAAACAAGUAAGAGUUUGAACCUGAAUCAAAUGGCAAAAUAUCUCAUUUAAGUGUUUUCAGCAACAGUAGGGAGACUUGAAGAGGGAAUAUAGAUUUUUACUGAGAAACUGGACUUAGGCAUUUGAAGCUACAGUGAUCUUUUUUGACUUUGAAAGAACUGGCUCCAUUGCUGACAACUGUUAUCUGCCUAAUAAAAAGAGUUAUCAGUCUUAUUUGUAACUGUUACAGACCUUAGUGAAACACAUUAGUAAGACCAGCUUGGUGCUUUCACUCUUAGUGAGAAAAAGACCCAACUAAUUGUUAUUUGUUAAAUCUACCUUUUUUCAGACUAUACCCAGAAUUGUGUGUGUGAUUUGAUAUAUCCAUAGGGAAUUAACUGGUAUAAGUAUCAAAUCCUUCAUAGCCUAAAAAUUAAUCAACAAUUUUUUAAUAUUUCAGAAAAGACCCUACCUCCACCCAAGCUGCCAAGUCCUCAAAGAUUAUAAAUUAUCUAUAUGGGUGUGUAUCUGUAUACACACAUGCACCUACAUACAUGCAACAUAAAUAUGUAUAGGUAUAUUCAUUUGUAAAGGUAAAGGUACCCUGGCUUUUUCAGAUAACUGAAUAGAAAAACAUUUCAAAGUUUAUGAUUAUUUUUCUCCUCUGUGUAUUUACCAGAUAUUAUAUUUGGUUUGGGGUGCUUUCUGCUGCUGUUCUGCUUCAUACACAGCAAAAUAUACAUUUGUUUUUGUAGAUUGACACAACUUAUAGUAAUUACUCCCAAAAAGUUGUCUAUUCUUUUAGAAAAGGAUUAAGUAAGGCUCAGGGGACCCACUUCACUCUGCUGAAUCUAAUGUACAAGACAGUACUACUGCUUUUUUGUGUGCUUGAAUUUGCAUGAAAGCUUAACAGCAAAAUCUUCUAUCUCAGUAAGUAUAGUAAAUAGGGACACACUGGUAGGGAGCUGAUGUUGGCUCAGAAACUUGAAAAAGACAACCCGCUUUCAUAUUGUUCCAUUAAAAUCCCCCAAGUUUUCUAAUAAUAUGAUAUAGUCCAAAUAUGGCAAUUGACUGGCAUUUAUGGGAGCCUGUGAACCUGGAAUUAUGCGUUUUAUUUGUCUCCCAAAUUAGCUGCAAAAGAUAGUUAUUGCUGCCCAGGAAACAAAAAUGUAUGUCAAAUAAGUAAAGAAUUUGUUUCGUAUAAUAUUGUCUUAUCUUUCAGAAGCUUUCUUCUAUAUUCUUGUGUCUUUGGUACAAUCCACAUUUUGUUUGAAAUCUAUUUGUAUAUUAUCUUACUGUGCAUUUAGUGAAUUGUCAAUAAUGUUGUAUUUGCUAACAAGAAUAAUGAAUUGGACCACAAUUUAAAAAAAGAAAACCCAAUGAGAAAACAUCUAAGCUACUUGAUUAAUAUACACAUUUAAAUGUAGGGACUGGUAAGGCAGUUUCAUCCAACCUAGUGAGGAGGCCCAGGGCUGUAUGUUAAAUCAUUUGCUUGAUACCAUCAUUUUUAUUUCACUUAUCAACUGAAUCAGAAACAUAAUCAAUAACUGCAAAGUAAGAUAGCAUCAAUAGGGGAUAAAGGGGAAAGAACUGAGAGUGUUUGUCAAUAUGAAGAUGAGUGGAGAGACUGAAUGAUAUCAUAGUCUUUCCAAUGAAAGAAAAAGUAGGCUAUCUGAAGGUGUAAAUUUUUGAUGGAAUAAGAAUAGUAGUCAACAACAAAUAAUUUUCAAGAUCCCUAUCCAGAUAUGAAUAGAAAGGACACAAAUUCAUUUGCGUAAAAUUGCCAUUUGCUACAUAGACUAGACAAUUCAUAGAGAUUUUCACAUUGACAUGUACUGUAUUAUGUAUAUAGUUGUUCUAGUUGUCACUAUAUUAUUUCACAUUGAUAGUUUUUAUUUCCAAUAUUUUUUUCCAUUCACUGUCCCCAGUUCAUCUGUGACCUACAUUGAAGGUAGCUGUUGGUAUUAUUACCAACCAAACUUAGUAUUGAAUACAAAUUUAAGCAUGCUGCAAAGCGUUUUCUAAGGUUAAUUUUCAAACAUCGUCUCUGUCCUCCAAAGUGAUGCCAACAGCUAUAAUUUACUAAGAUCUAGCACAAUAAUUUAUUAUUUGCUUGAUUCUCAAAACAGUAUCAUGAGGUAAGUAAUAUUAUCAACAUUUUAUUGGUAAAGAAACUACAGCGUGAAGAGGUUAAGCAAACUUUCCGAAGGUCAUUCAAUAAGUAAGUAGUAGACCUGGGGUUGGAACUCAGGUGUAAAUUAUUCUAAAACCCAUGCUAUCUAUACAUGUUGCAUUUGCCUCCCUGUUUGAAAAAAAAAAA